UUGUAUUUUCAGUACUCGCAACGACUAAACAAAAUCAAAGAGAAAACCUAAAUAGUCUAAAGACUGCCACCAAAAAAGAAAAUGACCGAUUACGAAGCUUGCUACCAGCGUAACGGAGAGGAUAUUGGAAAUAGUAAUGGCGGCGUUCCCUCUCCUCAGCCUCGCGAAGGUAGUCACGGUGGACUUGAGGAUCACCGCGAUUCCAAAUCUCAGCAUGGAUCUCGUGAACAGGAUAGAGGAUCUUCUAGAAGUAGGGAAAAAGAGAAAAGCCGCGAUAGGGGAAGGGAGAAGGAUUCUGAUCGCCAUAGGGACAGGGAAAGGGAGAAGGAGAGGGAGAGAAGUAAGGAUAGGGACCGGGAAAAGGAUCGUGACCUUCAUCACAGAGAUCGACAUAGGGAUCGGAGUAGGGAGCAGAGUGAGAGGAGGGAAAGAAGAAGAGAUAGGGAUGAUGAUGAUUAUCACCAAAGUCGAGAUUAUGAUAGGCGAAGGGAUUAUGAUAGAGACAGGGAGAGCAGGAAUAGGCGUGGGUCUCGUAGAUCCGAACACAGAUCAAAAUCAAGGUCCCGCUCUCGCUCACCCUCGAAGAGCAAAAGGAUUAGUGGCUUUGACAUGGCACCUCCUGCUUCAGCAAUGUUAGCUGCUGGUUCUGGUGGUGGUGCUGCCCCUGCUGCAGUCACCUCCACUUCAGUCCAGGUUCCAGGGAAUAAUCCAGCCCUCCCUGGAGUAUUUCCGAACAUGUUUCCUCUGGCAACUGGUCAACAGUUUGGUGGUCUCCCUCUAAUGCCAGUUCAGGCAAUGACUCAACAGGCUACCAGGCAUGCUCGUCGUGUUUAUGUUGGAGGGCUUUCUCCUACUGCAAAUGAACAGGUUUUACUCUGCACCGUGCUUAACAUUUUCAUUGUUAUAGUUGCAUUAGUGCUGGAGCUGACCCUAAAUAUUAUAUUACAGUCAAUCGCGACUUUCUUCAGUCAAGUUAUGGCUGCAAUUGGUGGAAACACUGCUGGUCCUGGGGAUGCUGUUGUUAAUGUCUACAUAAACCAUGAAAAGAAGUUUGCUUUUGUAGAGAUGAGAUCAGUCGAGGAAGCUAGUAAUGCAAUGGCCUUAGACGGGAUUAUCUUUGAGGGAGCGCCUGUGAAGGUUAGGAGACCCAGUGACUAUAACCCUUCUCUAGCUGCAACUCUUGGUCCAAGCCAGCCUAGUCCUAAUCUUAAUCUGGCUGCUGUGGGUCUAUCUCCAGGAUCUGCUGGUGGGCUUGAGGGUCCGGACCGCAUUUUUGUGGGAGGGGUUCCAUAUUACUUUACUGAAGUGCAGAUCAGGGAGUUGUUAGAGUCUUUUGGACCCCUUCGUGGUUUUGAUCUGGUUAAAGAUAGAGAAACUGGAAACUCGAAAGGCUAUGCUUUCUGCAUUUAUCAAGAUCUGUCAGUUACGGACAUUGCUUGUGCUGCUUUAAAUGGAAUUAAAAUGGGUGAUAAAACUCUCACUGUUAGGCGAGCAAACCAAGGUACUACCCAGCCUAAAGCUGAGCAAGAGAGUAUCCUCCAACAUGCACAGCAGCAGAUUGCUUUGCAGAGGCUUAUUUUGCAACCACAAGGUGUGCCCACAAAGGUUGUGUGCUUGACUCAAGCAAUUAGCGAAGAUGAUCUUAGAGAUGACGAGGAGUAUGGGGAUAUCGUUGAAGACAUGAGACAAGAGGGUGGGAAAUAUGGUGAAUUGGUGAAUGUUGUCAUACCCCGACCCAAUCCAAACGGCGAACCAUUACCAGUUGUUGGGAAGGUAUUUCUGGAGUACUUGGAUGUCGAAGGUUCGCGAAAAGCCCAAGCUGCAAUGAACGGAAGGAGAUUCGGUGAUAAUCAAGUAAUCGCGGUCUUCUAUCCAGAGAACAAAUUUGCUCAGGGGGAGUAUGAUGCGUAAUGUCCUAUCUUAUCUACUAAGCGUUAUAGUUGGACGAACUGGUUCUUUCUUUGUUUAGAUUUUUGACUUGAGAUAAUUGAUAAGAUGUAAGAAUUUUAUCAAUGACAGCCCACCUCUUUUGUAAUUCUAAUGUUGGUUUUGCACUUAAUGUCAAAGUUUGUGUGAUGCUAUGCUCUAAGCAAAAAUUAUUUCGUUUGUUGGUGUUGCAUAUUUCU